AUGUCUGACUUACCUGCGAUUGGAGAGGCCUCUAAGCCAAAGCCAUCCGUCGAAGAGCCAAUCUACAGAGGAUCUCGUUACUACGACAGCAAACUCAACGAUUUUCACUUCUUGGAUGGCCACAAUAACGAAGUUGGACGCUCAGAACAACAUGGCAACCUCACCUGGGAUGAAAUCAUGGAAUGGUUUACCUUGGUCUAUCCUAAUCUAAAGAAGGGCACGUUCAAAGUCUACCGGUGUCCCGAUGCUAAUCCUAUGGACCUUGUCAAAACAAUUUCGCGACUGGGUGAACCCAUCGAUCUUGUGAAAGAAAAGGAUGUAGUCUUCCAAGGUAAUUCCUGGUAUGUCAUCCUGGGAUUGAACAAGGAAUACAUCAAAGUCGAGCACACGCGCCACAUUCCAGGUCUACGAGUUGCGCCGAGCACAAGUGUUCCAACUGAUCCUCGAUGUGAGGCUAAGAGGAAGCCACAGCUCCGAUACUACUGGGAAACCGUCAGGAGUCGGGACCGAAAAUGCGUUCUCACUGGAAAGAACAUGAAACAGUCCAAAAAUGGCCGCCCUGGUGCCCAAUUGGUCUGCUGUCCCAUUUACCCACCAGAACUUCGCUCUGAGUGGCUGGCGAAGGGAUGGCCAAGACGAAUUACCGAUGUUAGCGAGGAAGUUGUCAUUGGAAAGGAAAAACUCUGUUCUAUCCAGAAUAGUAUUUUGAUGGAAUCCAGAUUCUCAAGUGCCUUCACAAUGAACAAGUUUUCCAUAAAUCCAAAGAGAGGCUACAAGAUUACGGUUUUUCGUAACGAGGACUAUUCCUAUACUCUCGACGGGAAGCAUGCACUGAUUGCGGCAGUCAACACUCGAACUUUCAAAGAUAAUCGCGUUUCUGACGAACUCCUCUACAAUCACUGGAAGGAGUCAGUCAUUAUCAACAUGACAGGACGCCAGAAAUGCGAUCUCCUUCCGACGUACCCUAACUUCCGGGGCAUGUGUACAUCGACCUUUGACGCCCGCACCAAACUAGCAACGGAAAUUUACUUGGCCAAAGCUCUGGUGUUGGAUAUCGACCGUUGUGAACAACCUACCAUGUACGAUAUCAUGGAAGCUGAGUUCGCUGCCCGCGGGUUUUCUGGGUACACCGAUGACGAUUGGUGGACUGAGAUCUAG